AUGUUGGUAUGUUCCAUCCAGAGCUGCCUGGACCUCCGAAUUCCACGCUCAGCUCGCAUAGAAAGUAGCGCUGAUCGCAAAUUGUCGGCCACUCCUGCUCAAGCUUGCGGAGCUGGACUCUUGGUCCUUUCGAGGAGGGGACUGACUGAUCUCUCUGCAGACCUUGGGGAGCUCUCGUUUGAUAUGGUCUCCCAAAAGGGCCUUGGCGGACGGACGCCCGCAAUGAUUCCACACCGACUCUGGCCAGAUCGAUGCCCUGCUCUCUCCACGGUGGGGAUCGAAAGAAAGAAACGUCUGCGUGACGAACUUGUGGACACUGCCUAUAGUUAA